AUGGGCCAGAUGAGGCGUGCUCCCCUCACGAGCGCUUCUUUCCCCUCUCCCAUCCUCGACGGCCACCAUAAGCCAUACCUUACAGAGUACUGCACAUAUCGACGGACAUACCCCGGAAUCGAGUACCCCGUAUUUGUGUGUAUUUCCAAAGCCCGGGGAGGAAAGGGGAAGCAAAGCGUGGUCGAAGGACGCCCAUGGCAGGAAAAGCAACGAGAGGCUCAAGACUUCAAUGCUCAAGGACAAGGACAAGGUCAACGUCAACGUCUCAAGGCUCAAGGCUCAACGGCUCAAAGGCUCAACGGCUCGAGACUCGUUCUCGUCUCCUCUCCUCUCCUCUUCCAUCUCACCGCAUCCCACGCACCAACACGUUUUACCCCGCCGUCAAUCGCAGCGGCACUGCACUGGCUGGCGGGGGCAAUGCAAUGCCAUUAUUCCCGUGUCGCGGUGCGCGUGUGGCGAAAGACAGACAGGCAAGGCAAGUGUCCGCGCCAAAUCCGCACAGCUGAACUCGGUGGUCCUGGAAGUCGGAUGACCUCAAGGCUCAAGGUGUUCAAAUUGUUUGCCAGGUCGAAUUCGCGGGGUCAGCCAGUCGUCGCUAAGCAGGUGAUCAUGCUCUUUGCAGUUUAG